CUCAAACUCCUUCAGACCACCUCUAAAUCAUCCUCCACGAUGGCCGAUGCGACCAAACCUGAGGAGACCAAGGAGGUGAAGGAGACUCCCCGCUCGACCGCGGAGGCAGACUUCACAAAAUACAAGAUUGCUGCAGAAAUCGUCAACACGACGAUGAAGAAGCUCGUCGAGCUUUCCGUCGAGGGCGCGAAGAUCCUUGACAUCUGCACUGAGGGCGACAAGCUCAUCGAACAGGGAACCGGCGCCGUGUACAACAAGGCGGUCAAGGGUGUCAAAGUCCCCAAGGGCCUCGCUUUUCCGACCUGCAUCUCCGUGAACAACUGCGUCGCCCACUUCUCUCCACUCGCCUCGGAUCCGCUGUCGGAGCAGAUACUCGCCAAGGACGAUGUCGUGAAGCUGCAUGUCGGCGCACACAUUGACGGCUUCGCCGCCGUAAGCGCCGAGACCCUCGUUGUCGGCGCGUCCGCGGACGAGCCUGUUACAGGCCGGAAAGCAGACGUCAUCAAGGCGGCGUAUCUUGCGGCCGAGGCCGCGAUGCGCCAGGUACGCGUCGGUAACAAGAACUGGACCGUCACCGAUACCGUCGCCAAGGUCACGGCGGCGUUCGACUGCAAGCCCGUUGAGGGCAUGCUCUCGUGCCAACAGACCCAGAAUAUCAUCGAUGGCAAAAAGCGCAUUAUCCUCAACCCAUCGGAGUCACAGAAGCGGGAGUUUGAGGCUGUCACUUUCGCAGAGAACGAGGUGUGGGGUAUCGAUAUCCUCGUCUCGUCAGGAGAGGAUGGCAAGGCGCGUGCUGAGGACUCGAAGACUACCAUCUACCAAAAGGACUCGACUGUCACCUACCAGCUGAAGAUGAAGACAUCGCGACUGAUAUUCUCCGAGGUUCAAAAGAAGGCUGGCGCAUUCCCCUUCAAUGUUCGCGUACUCGAGGAUGAGAAGAAGGCGCGGUUGGGUCUCCAGGAGGCCGUCCAGCACGCUCUCGUUAAGCCUUACGACGUCACCUACACACCAGUAGGCACUUUCGUGGCUGCUUUCCACUUCACCGUUGCCCUCCUCCCUGCCGGCCCUGCCCUGAUCACUACUCCACCAGUAUGGUAUAAGCCCGAGCUCGUCAAGUCGGAGAAGGAGCUCGAGGACGUCGAGCUUAAAGAGCUCAUUGCCAAGCCCCUCCGUGAAAACAAGAAGGCCGCAAAGAAGGCCGCGAAGAAAGCUGAGGGCGCGGAAGAGAAGGAGUAGCUUUCUACUUGAGGCUUAAAACAAUAAUGUAGCAUGUUUAUACACGUACGUCAUGUAGCGAACUCUCGGCACAGACCCUCUUGCUGUGUCCCACGACCGGUGUAGCAAACCUCGCAUCCAUCGAUAUUCGCUGAUGUACAGCAGCUUCUCUCUUGAACCACCAUCAUGUAUCGAUACAAUUUACGCCUGCCUUUUGCUCGCUCGUUUGUUCCCUAUGACUGAUCGCGUUCUGCCUCCUCGCCAAAUUCGCCUAUUGUCCGCACUACAAGAUCGACGUUCUCGAGAUAAGCGUUCACCACCAGCCGGGCGAGGCGCACCGUCAACGUCUUGAACGUCGCGACAAGGACGUCACCCUCGACGGCAAGCGUCCGUUUGACCACUUGUGGCUGCAGCUCUCUGUCCACUUCAAUCACCUGCCUCGCGAUGGAAGCAUGCUUGGGCGACGCGAAGGGCACACGCACGGUG